CCCCUUUGAAUGGAGCAUGUACUGUCGGCGGUAGCCACAUGGGGGCUCCCCAGACAUUAGCAGCUAGAACUAAUCAAGAUAAAAUCGUUCGCCUCAUGUCAAACCUCUGGUAGCCACCAUAAGGGACCAAUAUUUUUCAGAAAAUCAACUACAAGGAAAAGAAUUGAGUAGCACGCUCUUUCAGACCCAGUAAGGAUUGUAUCUGUGAGUAGGGACUACAGAGGGACCAAUGGAUGACAAAAGACUGUCUGAGCCUCUGAAUAAAGUCUCUCUCAUUAAAGAUGAGCUGCAUCAGACCAACGUGGAGUCCACAGACACAGAGAAGGUCAUUAAGCAUCUGACCAAAGAGCUGCAGGACGUCCAGGCAAAGGCCAACGUGGACAAACAGAAAUGUUUGGAUUUACAAGGUCUGUUAGAGGAGGAGAAGAAGGCUGGCAGACAGCAGGUCGAGCAGUCGGCCAAGCAGGUUAAGGCCCUGCAGUCCCAGCUGCAGAUUGUGCAAGAGGACAUGGAGACACUGCGUGAGCAGCGGGACAGCGCCAUCUUCAGUAUGCGCCAAGAAGUGCACACGGCCCAAGAGGAGGCGCAGAGCCUGCGUAAGACCCUGGAGGCGUCCGGCGCACAGCGUGAGCGUGAGAUCGCCACGCUUAGGGGCAACCUGGAGACCGUCUCCAUGGAGCUUGAGAAGUGGAGAAAGGCCGCGGCCAAGUACGAGCGCGAGAUCGACAGCCUUCAGGCCAGCCACCAGCAGCAGAACCAGCAGAAAGACAAGGCAGUGAAACAGCAAGCCAGCGAGCUGGAGGGGCUGCAGCGGGAGUGUGCGUCCCUGCGCUCGGAGAAGCAGCUGCUGCAGGAGCAGCACCAGCGGGAGCGGGCUGGCCUGCAGAGCGAGUGUGGCGUGCUGCGCUCCGAGAAGGACCAGCUCCACAGGAGACAGCAGCAGCUGGAGAAGGACCUGGACAGUGCGAAGAAGGAGAACAACACGCUGGGCAGCAGCCUGAAGGCCCUGCAGAAGAGCCAGGCCGACAUGGAGCAGAGGCUGACCGCCAUGCAGGAGGAGCACCAGAAGGACACCAGCAAGCUGCAGGCCCAGCUGGAGCAGAGCAACAACCGGACCAAAGACCUGCAGAAGGAGUAUGAGGUCACCCAGUCGGAGCUGUCCGAGCUGAGGGAGAAGAGCGAGUGUGUGGAGCUCGAGAAGCAGUCUGUGGUGGACGAGCUGCUGCAGUGCCAAGCCAGCCUGAAGACGCUGCAGGACAAGGGAAAUCAGCUGUCCCUAUUGCAGCCUAUCCUAGCCGUAAUCAUCGGCCUUGUCCUGGCUUUGCUGUAUUGGUGCUUCGGCCAGUUUUGGUAGAAAGGGCAAAUGGAUUCGGUGGGCGCCUGUCGCUGCAGUGCUGGUAACCGUGACAGCGGUUGCUGUAGUGAAGAUCUCGUCUUGAGCCUCAGUCAUUACAUGGUGUGCUUGUACCCAAAAUAUACUCCUGGCUAUUUUCCCCACCUGCCUCAGACCUCAUUUCACACACACACACACACACACACACACACACACACACACACACACACACACACACACACACACACACACACACACACACACACACACACACACACACACACACACACACACUUCCAAGUAAGUUACUUUGAAAAAGGCCUUAUAUUGAAAUUACAUAACAAUAAAUAUUGUAAAUAGUAUCAGAUUUAAGAAAUGCAUUAACAGUAUUUAUCACUUCAUGGUGCACAUUCCUUGUCUUUUAUUGAGUUGCAAGGAGGGGUUGCUCUUGUUUUUUUUUUUUUUUUUUUUUUUUUUUUUUUCAAAUAGUAUUUUUUUAAGAUGAGUAGUAGAAGUUUUUUUCAUCUUUGUGCAAUUGCCAAGGGAAAUGGUUGUGGCUACAGCAGUGUUCUAGAUAUUACAUUAGCAAUAGAUGAUCAAAAAGGUAAAUACUGCAGUCUUAAAGACUUUAAACUUCGUAGAGAGACCUUUACUUUGCCUAGCCCCCCCUAUACAUGAGCUAUUUGGAACCGCGUACAAGUGGCAACCACGUGAUCAUUGCCCAAAUGUGAAUGUAUAGGAUGUAAGCACUUUAUACUAUAAAUUUCAUUCUAAUGAUCAGCUCUGUACUUAAUGCUAUAAUCACUACAGUCUUAACUUCUCCUCUUAGCGCGUUCCCAGUUAUUAAUACUAUCUGCCUGGAGUACUCACCAGUGUGGUUGUCGAGAGCUGCGCAGCAUUUUACAUCUUAGUGUUUGAGGUCUCAAUUUGACACUGGACAUGAAGGGUUAAAUCUGUUUAAGUAUUCCUAUUAAAAUGUAUUCAAGUUAAGUAUGCAGUCUCAACUUAAAGGAAUAUUCCAUACACUGUAUGAAUACCUCAGUAUUUGUCACCUGUUAGAUCCCGAUCUUUUUUUAUUUUCUCUUUUAUUCAUUCUUGAAUUACAAACAUGAAAGCACAUCCUUUGAAGGCAACUGAUGAGAUUAUGGUUGCACCUGAUGAAAUGGAAGUAAAAGUUUGACUCCAAUCAGUUACUUGACAUUAUGUGUUUUAAAGAGUAUGGUAUGGUGCGUCUUUUUAUUAAAAAAGGGUUUUGUCCUCCCAUUAGUGCAUAUUAGUUUACUUACAAGUAAAUGUAAUGACUUUGAUUUAUGAAUAAAAUAUGGCAAUAAAGAUUAUUAAUGUUA